AGAACGUCUUCGAGACGGGGCACGAGAGCAUGGUGAAGACGUGUCAGCUGGCGGGGACACGUGGCUACAUCGCACCCGAGUACGUGCUGAGAGGGCGGCUGACGGCCAAGAACGACGUGUUCGCAUUCGGAGUAGUCGUGUUGGAGUUGAUGACCGGGAAACCGGCGAUUCUGCGCCAAUCCCCGGUUGAUGGCGAAUUUCAAGCGCUCGCGGAAUGGGUAAGAGGAUUUUCCCAGCGUCCAAACAUGUAUGACAUUCUCGGCACGAUCAUCGACCCGUGCUUGAGGAGUGUAGUGGAGACGAAUAUCGUCGUCAGGAAUAUGGUGAUGGAUGUGGUUAAUCUAGGGAUUGCCUGCUCCCAACAGGAAGACGAGCGAAGGCCGAUGAUGAGCUCGGUCUGCGACAGGCUUACGGUUAUCGUGUCGGAAGCAAAACGGCGGGGUUUAUUAGAGUGACGCCGUCCAUCGUAUAGAGUGGAAGAGUACCUGGAAAUGGCGGCGAGGAGGCCAGUCGGCGAAAGCUGGGAGCGGGAGGGAAGGGAGAUGGGGGCGGGGGAGGGGUAGCCGGGGGAGGAACCGGGGGGGCCGGGGAGGUGGUGUGGGGAGGCGGCGGGAUUGCGAAGUACUGAGGAGGAUGAGCUUAGAAGUUUUGGACAGAGUGCCCACUCUAGAGUUGUCAAAUUACUCGACAGAAGGUACUGAAGUAUAGUGAGGGUAGACUGAUGAUGUCGUUCGUUAUCAAUCGGCCGUCGUCGUCAAGGCGCACAAAAAUGUCUCUUGCGCUUACGUGGCAGUGGCUUUGAGAGGGAGAACAGGGCAAGUGGACUACGGAAAGCCCAGUCUUGAGCCCAUGAGCUUUGCGCCAUGGGAUCGU